CGGCAAUCUGAUUUCGCGCAUUGGGUGGUGUUGGCUCGUGGAGUAUGGCCUUUUGGUUCUUCCUUCUUCUGCCGAUCGCGUCUCUGAGCACAGUUCACGCACAGCUGCCUACUACUGACGGAUAUGUAAGUAUCGACUGUGGCAUCAGCAGCAACACAAAUUACACCGACGAAACCACCAACAUACCAUACGUAUCAGACGACGGGUUCAUCGACACAGGGACGGACCACACCAUCGCCUCCAACUACGUAGACUCCUCGCUCGAGAAACAACUACAGACUCUUCGAAGCUUUCCAAAUGGAUCUCGGAAUUGCUACGCACUGACGGUGACGCCGGAGCAGAAGUACUUGGUGAGAGCCACCUUCAUGUACGGGAGCUACGACGGCCUGAACGGAGCGAGCCCCAGCAAUCCCCUCCUCUUCGACAUUCACCUUGGCGUCAACCUUUGGACGACCGUCAACAUCACCAAGGCAUCCGAUGUUCAUCGGGCAGAGGCCAUUUUUGUUGCUUCUGCUGAUUCCGCAUCGGUCUGCUUGGUAAAGACUGGCUCUGCAACUCCCUUCAUAUCUGCACUGGAGCUACGGCCGCUCAAGAACACCGUCUAUUAUUACGCCAAUGCUACGCAAAAUCUGGUCCUGUCCUUGCGAAUUAACCUGGCACCGACCACGAAUCACUUGUUGAGAUAUCCGUUCGACCGCUACGAUCGCAUCUGGCUGCCCUUCGUUGCUCUGGUCGGUUGGUCCUCCAUAUCGACCAACCUCACUGUAAAUAACUACGUCAAUGAUCUAUUCGAGGCUCCGUCGGCUGUCAUGCAAACGGCGGCAGUGCCCGUUAACGCCAGCAUGUUGGAAUUCGACUGGGACGUUGUGGAUUCGGGCGCCCCCGUUAACGAGUUCUACGCCAACCUCCACUUCUCGGAGCUUCUCCCGAACACCUCGAGGGCGUUCAACAUUUACAUCAAUGGCGACAAGUGGUACGCUAACUAUACCCCGCCCUACCUCAUGUCCGAUGCCAUAUACAGCACCACCCCCCUGACUCCUAGUCUGCGGUAUAAUUGGACUCUCAACUCCUCGGGCCUGUCCACGCUUCCUCCAAUCCUCAACGCGGUCGAAGUCUACGCGCCGAUGUUUUUCAAGAACACGCCGACCGACUCUGACGACGUUGAUGCCAUUAUCAAUGUCAGGGUACAAUAUCAACUGAAGAGAAACUGGAUGGGUGAUCCAUGUUCCCCAAAAGAAUAUGCUUGGGAUGGCUUGAAGUGCAGCUAUGAUCUCAAUUCACCAAGGAUCACAGAUGUAAACCUGUCGGCAAGUGCAUUGACUGGCCCUAUUUCCUCUUCUUUUGCCAAGCUCACAACAAUCAAGUACCUUGACUUGUCAUAUAACAACCUAACAGGAUCCUUGCCAGAUGUUCUGGGAAAUUUGCCAUCGCUUCAAGUCCUGAAUUUGGCAGGCAACAAUCUUUCUGGGCCAAUUCCUGCUUCUCUACUAAAAAGAUCACAGCAAGGGUUGCUGAUACUUAGAACUGAAGGCAAUCAAAAUUUAUGCGCCAGUGGAAAUUCAUGUGAGAUAAAGACGGACACAGAAUCAAAAAAGAAGAAGAUUGCAACACCUAUUAUCGUGAUUAUUUGUCUAGUUCCUGUGGUGCUAUUUCUUGUGGCUAUAUUUAUCUUCUGUCGAAUGAGAAAAUCAAAAGGGUCAGCAAAUAUCUUGGUGCAGCCAGAGAAGGAAAGAUUGUCCAACUUAGUAAAGGGUCAUCAAGAUAAUCCUUUGCAACUUGAUAAUCGACAGUUUACGUACAUGGAGGUGUUGAGAAUAACCAACAACUUUGAAAGAACUCUUGGCAAGGGUGGAUUUGGCACUGUGUACCAUGGAUAUUUGGAAGAUGGUACUCAAGUCGCAGUCAAGACACGCUCUCAAUCAUCUUCGCAGGGAACCAAAGAGUUUCUAGCUGAGGUGCAGCACCUGAUAAGGAUUCAUCACAAAAGUCUAGUUUCUUUGGUUGGCUACUGCAUGGAUGGAGAUCAUCUGGCUCUUGUCUAUGAGUACAUGUCUCAAGGAACACUGCUGGAUUAUAUUAGAGGUAAAACUCGCAAUGCCAGUGCUUUUAGUUGGGGAAAACGUCUCCAGAUCGCAAUUGAAGCUGCACAAGGUCUAGAAUAUUUGCACAAGGGAUGCAAACCACCACUAAUACAUAGGGAUGUGAAGACUGCAAAUAUCCUUUUGAGUGAACAGCUAGAGGCAAAGAUCGCAGAUUUUGGGCUGUCCAAGGCUAUCCAAAAUGAUGUUACUAAUGUGCCCACGGCAGUGGUUGGCACACCCGGAUACCUUGAUCCGGAGUAUUACAUCUCCUGCCAACUCAGUGAGAAGAGUGAUGUGUACGGAUUUGGGGUGAUCCUGUUGGAGCUCAUCACAGCUGAGCCGCCAAUUCUUAUAGGCAGACAGAAUGCUCAUAUAGUUCAACGGGUGCGCGAAAGGCUUGCCAACGGGAAUAUCGAGGAUGUCGUCGAUUCCAAGCUGCAGGGGGAGUACGACGUGAAUUCGGUGUGGAAGGUUGCUGAUAUAGCAUUUAGGUGCACGGCACAAGCCUCCCACCAGAGACCCACCAUGACGGACGUUGUAGCAGAGCUGAAGGAGAGCUUGGCACUGGAGUGUCCUCAUGAUACCAUGAGCAAUAGUAACAUCUACGCAGAAACCAAUGAGGCGAGCCAGAAUACCACUAUAGAAAUGGAACGAUUUGUGGAGUUCUCUCCAUCAGCAAGACGUGGUUUCCUUCUUCUUCUUCGUGGGAUGGAGGAGUUGACCCAGAACGAAGUAUUAAGUAUGAAGUCGUCUCCCUCUGCCAGAAGCUUACCGAGGGAUCAUCUCAGCUUGGGAACGAGAGGGAUGGCUCUUUGGUUCUUUCUUCUGUUGGAGAUAGCAGUACUUGUCACAGUUCAUGGCCAAGACAGUCGAGACUUCAUAAGCAUCGACUGUGGCAUAACCAGCAAUACUAAUUACACCCACGGUAAGACCGACAUACUCUACGUAUCCGAUGACCAGUUCACGGACACGGGGAUCAAUCACCAAGUCGCCUCAAACUACGUGUCUUCCUCGCUCGACGAACUACUGUUGACGGUGCGAAGCUUUCCCAACGCUUCCCGAAGUUGCUACGUCUUGAAGCCGGUGAUUCAGUACCGGAAGUACAUCGUGAGGGCGACCUUCAUGUACGGGAACUACGACGGCCUGAACCGUGCGAACGUCGUCAAGCCGCUGCUGUUCGAUCUGUACAUGGAUGUCAACUUUUGGCAGACGGUCAACGUCAGUGAUCCGACAAGCAUUUACGAGGUCGAGGCCGUGGCCGUUGCUUUGGCGGAUUCUGUGUCGGUGUGCUUGGUGGAUACGGGCUCGGGAACUCCCUUCAUAUCUGCACUGGAGCUGAGGCCGCUUGUGGAUGUCAUGUAUCCUUCUGCAAACACCUCGCAGAGUCUGGUUCUUUACUCUCGCCUUAACGUCGGACCUUCGAGAAAUAGCUCAGCGUUGAGAUAUCCCGAUGACCCCUACGAUCGCAUAUGGUGGCCAUGGACGAGUCCGGACGCGUGGAUGGAGAUAUCAACCACCGAAACGAUCAGCAACAGCGAGAAGGAUCUGUUCCAGCCGCCGACGGCCGUCAUGCAGACCGCGGCCACACCCUCGGGGAACAGCCCGAAGAUGGAGUUCUACUGGACCUUCGCGGAUGCGCAGGUCCCAAACAACGAGUUCUACGUCAACUUGUUCUUCACCGAGUUCGAGCACAACACCUCGAGACUGUUCAACGUGUAUCUCAACGACGUUCUGCAGACAAAUUACACCCCGCCCUACGGGUCGGUGAGCUAUUUGUACAACACCCGCCCCCUGGAUCCGGCGUCCAAGUACCAGUGGGCCCUCAACUCCACGGGCCUGUCCACCCUGCCCCCCAUCCUUAACGCCAUCGAGGUUUUCACGGCGAUGCAUCUCACGCGGGCGGCCACCGCCUCCGGAGACGCUGAUGCCAUUAAUGCCAUCAAGGAACAACAUCAAGUGAAGAGAAGUUGGAUGGGUGAUCCAUGUGCCCCAAAACAAUACCCUUGGGAUGGCCUAAAUUGUAGCUAUGGAACCAAUUCAUCAAGGAUCAUAGCUAUAAACUUGUCUUCGAGUGCAUUGACUGGAGUUAUUUCCUCUUCUUUUGCUAAGCUCACAGAAAUCAAGUACCUUGACUUGUCUUACAACAACCUAACAGGACCAAUACCUGAUGCUUUAGGAACGUUGUCAUCACUCCAAGUCCUAAAUUUGACAGGCAACAAUCUUAAUGGGUCAAUUCCUGCUUCUCUACUGAAAAAAUCACAACAAGAAGCACUGACAUUUAGCUAUGAAGGCAAUCCUAAUCUUGGUACUGAUGGAACUUCAAAUGGAUCAAAGAAGAAGAGUGGAACACCCAUGACUGUGACUUACAUUGUGGUUCCUGUGGUGGUGGUUCUACUGCUUGUAGUCAUCAUAUUUGUUGUGUGGAGAGUAAGAAAGUUUCGAGGAUCAACACAAGAUAUCCAUGCGAGGCCAAUGAUUGAUAACUUCUCCAUACCAGCAACAGUCAAUCCAGAGAAUCCUUUUCAACAUGAGAAUCGACAAUUUUCAUACAAGGAGCUGGAGAAAAUAACGAGGAAAUUCACAAAUGUCCUUGGCAAAGGCGGAUUUGGUACUGUCUUCCUAGGCUAUUUAGAAGAUGGUACUCGAGUUGCAGUCAAGACACGGUCUGAAUCAUCAUCCCAAGGCACCAAAGAGUUUCUAGCCGAGGCACAGAACUUGGCAAAGAUACAUCAUAGGAACCUUGUUUCUUUGGUUGGCUACUGCAUGGAUGGAGAACACCUGGCGCUUGUCUAUGAGUUCAUGUCACAAGGAACCCUACAAGAUCAUCUUAAAGGUAAAACUCCCGGUGCUACUGCUUUGACCUGGGGACAGCGUCUUCAGAUCGCAGUCGAAGCUGCACAAGGACUGGAGUAUUUGCACAAGGGAUGCAAACCACCACUAGUCCACAGAGAUGUGAAGAGCGCAAACAUCCUGUUGAGUGAAAGCCUGGAGGCCAAGAUAGCAGAUUUUGGGUUGUCAAGGGCUUUCGACAAUGCCAACCAUACUCAUGUAUCCACAGCAGUCGUUGGUACCCCCGGGUAUCUCGAUCCAGAGUACUCUUCUUCCUACCAACUCAGCGCAAAGAGUGACGUGUAUAGUUUCGGGGUGGUUGUCUUCGAGCUGAUGACCGGAAAACCUCCUAUCGUUGCCACCGGUAACCAUGCUACUGGUUUAGCUCAAUGGGCACGCCAACAGCUUAACAACGGGAAUAUUGAGGAUGUGAUCGACCCAAAGCUGACGAGAGGGUACGAUAUAAAUUCCGUUUGGAAAGCUGCUGAUGUAGCACUGAGAUGCACAGAGCAUGAAUCCCGUAGGAGGCCGACCAUGGCCGACGUCGUCAUGGAGCUGAAGGAGAGCUUUGCAUUAGAGAGCGCUUAUUACAGGACUGAGUUCCCAUCCACAACAAGCAACUGGAAUCCACACACACAAAACGCAUCUGAAAGAAGCCAGACCUCUGCGUUUGAAGUAGAACAGUUCCCAAGGUUCACUCCAUCAGCAAGGUGACUUCAGUUUGUGAUCACUAAAAGUCGAGGUUUGAUCCUUUCAAUGUCUCUCCAAUAAUAUGAUCUUUGAAGACUGGUAUCUGCUUUCUGGAACCAUAUUUUAGAUUGGCAUUCAUUCCACCAUUCUCUCUAUUAGAGUUCACCAAGUUGGACAGAGAGAAUGCUUCUUUGAUCAAAGUGGCUCCUAUAGGAUUUAAAUUUAAAUGUGAUCUCAUGAGUUUGUAUUGGUAAGCUUUAAUAUCUCUAAUUAUGUUUAGAAUAAAUUUAAAUGUUUAUUUCUUUUUUAUUUUUAAACAUAUUAAAAAAAAAGUUAUGUGUUGGAGUGGAAAUAAAAUAAGGAUUAAAAACAUUGAAAAUGCAAAAUUAAGUUUUCACAGCCUUUCGAAUGCUGACUUUCCAACUUUAAAUGCUGAAUUGAUGGUUUGGUAGUCAGUAGGAGGCACUGCUACUUUGACUUAUUAUGAUGUUUUGAUGGAGGAAAAAAAGGUGUGCUAUUUAUCAACGCUUUGUUUUCUAGGGUGAUUUGAUGUUUCAUGUCAUGUCCAUUCAUUGAAUGAUGUCCAACCAAUUUGCAACGUCCACUUGGAGGGAUUGAAUCCCAUCUACCAAAAUCAUUUUCAACAGUGAUGUGGCCUCAAUUUCUCAUCAUCUAUUUAGUCUUCGGACUGAGUCGUAGAUUCUAAUAUUUCAGUGACUUUGAGAGAUAAAGACAGGCGAA